CUAGAGUAGUUAACCGCAAGAGACAACAACUUCGCCCAGAAGAACCUUCAGAUCUUAACUUCGAGGUAUGUGUACGUUUGAUAUAAAAUCAUGGUUUACCCUGUAAUGACGCAUGCUGUUAAAACAAGAUCAACAAGGAAAGGUGGCGUUCAAAGAACGCAACCCCCAUACGACCCAGCAACAAGAACCAGUGGCAAGGAGUCCAGACGGACCCCAACGUUAAACCAUAGAACAACGAUUCCAACAUACUGUUUUAGCAUCUCAACAAUUAUUUGAUUUAGUAAAUGUCGGACCUUAUUCGUUUGACAGAUGGAAAUUGAGAUUUCUUGGCAUUAGAUUAUAAUAGUUUCUGUUACUUUUCAUUAUUUCUAAAGAUAACACAUAGCUUUAGUUUCGGCAAAUUUUCAUGUUUUUGUUUAAGGUGAAAGAAGACUUUUUACCGCCUAACUUUUAUCGGUGUGACGUGAGAGUUGGUGACAGCCGUCACCUGCUUUUUGCUAGCGACGAUCAAUUGGCUACACCGAAGAAAGCGAAGAGAUGGUACCUCGAUGGGACAUUUAAGGUUGUGAGGGAACCUUUCACAAGCCUUUUUUCUAUCCAUGCCUUCGUAAGGAGCGGCGAUUGUGCGAAACAACUACCUCUCGUUUACGUCCUCAUGAGCAGCAGACGCACAAGAGACUACGUCGCAGUCCUUAAGAAACUGGGUCGUUUGCUACAGCGCGAAGUGAAUGUGGUUGACUUCGUUGUUGAUUUUGAGGCAGCCCUUUGGAAUGCAUUACGCCACGUUUUCGAGGACGCAGAAAUCCACGGAUGCAGUUUCCACUGGGGGCAAGCAGUAUGGAGGAAAGUACAGGAAAAAGGCCUGUCUGCCGAGUAUGUCAGUCACCGAGGGGCACACCGCUUCAUCAGAAAACUUCUGUGUCUGCCAUUCCUUCCUGCAGAACACAUUGGUCCUGUGUUCGAGUCUAUGGCAGACUUAGCUCCAGACCGUUUUGAUGGACUGCUAGCUUACAUUAGACGGACCUGGAUCGACAAUGAUAUGUGGCCAGUCCAUUCUUGGUCGGUGUUUGGAUUGAGCAUCCGCACAAACAACGAUGUUGAAGGAUGGCAUAGAAGAUUGAAUGGGAGGGCUGGGGGAACGCCUCCAUUCUACCUUUUGAUAUAACUGCUGUUCGAUGAGGCCCAGGUAGCGGUGAGGAACUCGGAAUUGAUAAGUGAAGGAAGACUACGCCGCUACCAACGGAAAAAGUACACCUUUCUUCAGGGACAGACGCACCAGCUAUGGGAUAAGUACAGGAAUGGGGAGUUAUCAUCAACGGGACUUUUGAGAGAAUUCGGCAACUUAUACAAGCCCCAAGAGUAGAGUCGUAAGAUGUCAAAAAAAAUAGACAAUGAAAUAUGUGCAUGGAAAAAAAAAAACAAUGAAAGUGUAAAAGUGAAAGUGACUAUAUAUACAUGUAUGACAUAAUAUUGACAAAAAAGAUGUUUUUAUACAUUAAAUGUUAUUGCUAUUGAUCGUCUUCGUGUUGUUUUUUUUUCUGUAUGUAAUUUAAUCAGAAUUAUGCAUAUAUAUCCUUAUUAUAAGAUGGAACUCCAAAUAUUCGCAUACAAAAAGUGU